UAGAUUUAGUAGUAUAAUUUCCACAUUUGUACACAUGAGGGUGCUGUAGGACAAAAGAUAUCUUGCUGUGUCCUGCAGCAGAUAGUUAUUUAAAUCUUGUUCAGUGAGUUGAUCUCCAAAAACAAUCCAGAUGCAGAAAUCAGAUGAAGAAUAGUAUAAAGAAAUCUAAAGGUAUGCAUGCAAAUAAAGAGGUUAAUGCAGUUUAUGUUUAAUGCACUGCAGCCAUUAAAAAAUGUGUUUUAAUGAUCACAACUAAAAAUCUGAACGUUUGGUUAAGUUCAUCUAAGCUGAAAUGUAAUUAAUUUAAGGUUUUUGCCUGAUCUGCAGUCGGUGAUGCUAAACAAAUCUGGCUGAAGAUCUAAAAGUCGCUUUUUAUCCGUCCAGGCCGAUAGGUGGCAGCACCGACCAGCCAUUGUGUCAGUCAACCUGCAUCUGGAGACCUAAAAGCAACGUUAGCAUAAGAGGGUACAUGUUUUGUGAUCAAUUACGUGCUUUUGCGUUAUUCGACUUGUUUUUUUACGUGUAUUGUUUCUGUAACUACUUGGGCAUUGGUCUGGUACAUGAAGUAUCCGUUAGCUUCCCGGCGUUAAGUGACAGCGUUGGUGCUGAGAUUAGCUUAAAGUUAGCUUGUUGCUACAGCGUUGUUUAUUUACCUUACUUGGUCUAUUCUUUGUUCCUAGAGGAUGAGCUCAUAGUAACUCUGUUACGCUGUUUGUGAGUCGUUUAGGCCCAGCUAACAAACUUUAACAAUGACUGGUAUCAAGCUCUUUAGGUUACAGUUAGCUUCCUGAAACUGGAGUACACCUGAAGUCCUAAUGGCUGCUUUAGGUUUUAUCCCUGCCAGUAAGCAGGAUGCUUUCACUAUCAGAACCCAAAAGUAUUCUAGCUCCAAAGCACGACCCAGACUCAGCGGAGAAGAGGCCAGGCAGUUCUACGAAGAGCUGAUGAAAGAUGACGAAACACAAGAAGCUAAAUCCAGGGAUUGUCGGAUCAGAGAGCAAAAAAGACGACAAAGAAGGAGAGUUGGAGCUGUGCAAGGGCAGCAGGCUCAAGCUGAGUCUGUGGUGCAGACAGUAACAUCUGACGAACAUGGUGGUAACCAAAGAAGGCAGCUGAACAUCUCAGAAAGGUCCAUGGAGCUGCUGGGUCUCAGACUGCUGCGCUGUGCUCAGGAGGGGGAUGUCUCUGGCCUCAAAGAUCUGCUCUCCAGGGGGGUCGACAUAAACUACCAGGAUACAUUUCUUUGGACAGCUGUGAUGUGUGCCAGCUGGUCAGGACAAAGAGCUGCAGUGAGGCUGCUGCUGAGUCAUGGUGCAGCCUGGGUCGGUGUGGUUGAUAUGCAGGGCAGGGAUGCUCAGGACCUUGCUUUGGAAGCGGGCCACAAAGAUGUGUUGGAGGAGUUGCUAAGCUAUGGUACGAGUCCACAGCGAGAGACACAGUCUGACAGCAGCUCUCUCCAGCCUGAGUGGUGCGAUGUGUGUCAUAGCGAGUACAGGGGCAGCCAUGAGUCUCAUCUGUCCUCCACCCUGCAUCAGUUCAGUCUGAGGCGUCCUCCACCCACCCCCUACUACUGUCUCCCACCCUCCAGCAACAGCUACAAGAUGAUGGUUCGUAACGGCUGGAAGCCCGGCACAGGCCUCGGACCAGAGGGAGAGGGGGCCCAACAACCUGUGGCUACUGUGUUGAAGAGAGACCAGUUGGGCCUGGGGUAUGGGCAGACAAAAAGAGCUAAAGUCACUCACUUCCAAGCUGGGGAUCGAGAUUCUGUAAAGCUACAGCAGAGAGACAAAGACGAAAGGAGACAGAAAGGUCAGAGGAAGGAAGAAGCUCGAAGAAAAGAACAAAAAGAUAAGAACUGGGAAAGAGAUUUCCGUGCCUCGUUUUAUCUGUGACAGCUUCACUCCACAUCAUUUAAGACUGAAUAUAAAUAAAGUUUUGUUUUUUACUGUUGAAAUAUUUUCUCAAAGCAUCUCUGAUUCUGAAUUAGCUGGACUUCAGUUUGCAGGUUGUUUAUGGAAAUUAUGAUUAAAUAUUUAUCUUUAGAUUUGUUGUUUUGUCAAAAAACUUCAACAAAUUAGAAGAAAUGUGCACCAAUCAUUAAGUGCAACUCCAAGAAAAUGAAAAACCAACAAGGCUGUUUUUCUUAUAUUCACAUAUUUUCUUAGACAUUCUUUGUUCUGAUGCUUUUUUUCUUGGAAUGUCCUCAAAGUAACAGUUCAUGUAUGAUUGCUUAUUAAUCUAAAGCUACACACACACCGAAGGAGCUGUUUAUUGCAGCUCUGGGUACCGUCUCACGUGUUUUAAAAUGCCUACACGCAUGAUUUUUGGGUCAGAGUUUGGGCCGAACUGCCUUAUCAGUGUGUUGUUUAGGCCCUUUAGCACAGUCAGAUUUGUAAUUCAUUCAUCAGCGUUUAUAGUUUUCAGUCAGAUAAACUCCCUUUUUAAAAUAUAAGAAUUUUGUUCUGAAUCGGUUUGUUUUAUUCACUUCCCACUACUAGGCUAUAUUGAAAGUUGUGGUAAAUACAAUAAAAUUAGCUGUUUACCUGACGUGUUUCUGUACCUUGGACUUAGUAGAUACUUGUUUGAAAAUAUAUGCAAAUACAGGCCUCUAGGUGUGAACAUGUGAAGGUAUUUCAUUUUGUUGGACUGAUGAAGUGCUUUUAAUAAAAAAGGGGAUCAAUUUAAAAUCUCCAAAAUGUUUA